AGCUGUCGUUUCGUUGUCGUAAUUGUGUUGCAUGAUGUGGUGCGCUAGCGAGCGGUGAGAUUAACAGAGCAGUAGACAACCAGGAAAAGGAAAACUCCGAGCCUUGUGAGAGCAGUAUGUUCACAGUCCGCUUAGCAGGUUUUCUGCCAGCUUUACUUUUAUGUUCUGCUACGGCCUCAGGUGAAGACGCUGUUACAGUGACCCCGGGAGACACUGUCAGUCUACCAUGCACUGCACUGUUUGAAAAUAACGAUACAGCUGAAUUUGUUGUUGAGUGGAAAAAGGAUGGGGACCCAUUAUGUAAAAACAAAAUUAGAAAGAAUAAUACGGCAAUUUAUUACUGCAAUCGUCAGUUCAGUAUAAAUCCAGAAACGUUUGGGCUGAUUAUAACAGGUGUUAACAGCAGCAACGCUGGUCUUUAUAACUGCACAUUGACCAAACUGAUACCACCACCAUCAGAAGACACAUUUUCACUACUUCAGGUUAAUGUUUCACCAGGUCUCUUCCUACAGCAGCUGAACAGCAGUGACGUCACAUGUGUGGAGUUGUUCUGCACUCUGGACGGUUUGCGUCCAGAGCAGGUGAACUUCACUUGGACAAAAGCAGAUGAGAAGCUUCCUCACUACCACAACACCAACAUGAGCAGCACGCUGAAACUCUGCAAGCCAGACUGGUGGGAUGGAGUCACACUGACCUGCCAAGCCAGCUACUCUCACAACUUCACAGUCUAUAGGAAAAACAUUACACUCACAUGCAGAAAUACAGGUCCAGAAAAUCUGUCCUGCUGUCCUACUGUCCAUGUGUUGUUUUUCAUCAUUAUUGCGUUUAUAUGGAUAUUGUCAUACGUCUUUGCUCGUACGGCUGUGAGAUCCCGUGUUGCAUCCAAGCUACGACCUGCCGGCCUUCAACAUGAAAGGAGGAGCGGAUCUCAGAUGAUCACAACUUCUGGGUUAGAGGAAAGAUAAGACACAUGUAUUUUCAGGUUUAGACAUUUGUCAGCUUUUUGUCUUUUAUUUGCAUGCUUUAUUUCUUAAACACACCUUACUAUUAUGGGAUUUUAACAACACAGUAUUUGUUUGCCUCUUAAACUUAGAACUGUCCAUUAGGGGAAUCUUGACUAAAAUUACAAAGGUGCUUAACAAUAUAAACUAUUUACUCUGUUACACUGUAAUCUUCCAUGUUUUUCAUCAUUACUUCUGUAUAAAAUAGUACAGUGUGUUGAAUUAU